AAAAGUAAGGCAGCGCCGGGCUUGGGGCUGGGAGGACUUCAGGCCGGGACGGACAUUUUCAUCCCGAUCCUGUGACCUGCCCUGUUCAUCUGAGUUUUCCAUCUGAUGAAGGUUGGCCAUUUGCAAAAUAUUUGGGAGCUUGUGGAAGAAUGGUGGCUGUAAAUUAUGUUGGAGAAGAAUUGUGGAGUUACUUUAAUGCACCAUGGGAGAAACGAGUUGACCUCGCUUGGCAGUUGAUGGAAAUAGCAGAACAGCUUACAAACAAUGACUUUGAAUUUGCACUCUACCUCCUGGACGUCAGCUUUGACAAUUUUGCAGUUGGUCCUAGAGAUGGGAAGGUAAUCAUUGUGGAUGCUGAAAAUGUUUUGGUUGCUGACAAAAGAUUAAUUCGACAGAAUAAACCUGAAAAUUGGGAUGUAUGGUAUGAAAGCAAAUUUGAUGACUGUGAUAAGGAGGCUUGCUUAUCAUUUUCAAAAGAAAUUCUUUGUGCUCGAGCCACUGUGGACCAUAAUUAUUAUGCUGUUUGUCAAAACCUCUUGUCCAGACAUGCCACCUGGCGUGGCACUUCUGGAGGACUCCUUCAUGAUCCACCAAGUGAAAUUGCCAAAGAUGGCCGACUCGAGGCCUUGCUGGAUGAGUGUGCCAACCCAAAGAAGCGCUAUGGCAGAUUCCAGGCUGCAAAAGAACUGCGUGAAUAUCUAGCACAAUUAAGUAACAACGUGAGGUAGUCUAUGGUGAACUUGUUUUUCCCUUUCUCCAUUUAAACAGCACUGGUUAAAACAAAACCACCAAAAACUAUCUGGAAAAAUGAAAUUUGGAAGUGUUAAGUUCACAGGAUGAUAAACUUGCACUGAUAGAUCUUGUGUUAACAUCCAUCAAAAUAAGACAUUACUCCAAAAGUCACAUGAUGCUUCUGCAAAUAAGUAUGUUCUUAUACUUUGGAGACUUGAGCUAUCAUCAACUGCUUUCCCCAACGCCCCCAAUGCCUGAGUGGAUUAAUGAAUAUUGUUAAGCUAUUGGAAAUGAAUCUGAUAGUUACAUUGGCUUGUGUAUCAAAGGGUACUGAUACUUAGUUUGCAUUACUGUCAUGAUUUUGUGAAUCUCUUGCAUUUACUUUGAAUGUCAAGUUAGAUUGGCCUGUUUUAUAGGCCAUUUUUUUCUUCUGAUGUGUAGGGUUUUUUUCUAUUUUUAUGUUUUUUAUUGAAUUUUACACAUUCAGGUUACUGUAGGUGUUCAUUUAGAUUUUGACUGGUUCUCAUUCAGUGCUAUGUGGUACAUAUUUACUGUUAGGGCAGGAUUCCCAGGUUUUCUAUGUUUCUUUAGAAAGCUAAAUAUUAUAUUAUGUAAAUACUUUUUUUUUAGCCACCUUCUGUGGUUUCACAAUUGCAUGAUAUCAUUUCAGGUAACAGUUACACCCCUCUGUGCCAACUAUAAGUGUACACUAAACAUGAAGUUUGGCAUAUGUUGCAAACGUCUAAAGGCUUUAAGGAGAGCAUACUGGCAGUCCACACCUUGAUGUAAAUUUUGGCUCAGAAAAAAUAUAUAACCCAGUAUUUUUUAAAUGCUAACUAGUCCGAGAUAGUAAUGCAUAUGCCAAAGAAAUAUUAGACCUAGUCUCAUGUUUAGAAUUUAAGAUAGAAUUGGUUACUUAUUUAUUCUUAUCAUCCUACUUUCAGUACCUUAGGUCUACCAUGAUUAAAUUCUCCCUGGUUAUUUUUUAAUGUUGAAAGUCAAACUGCCGCUUUCAAGAAUAUGUAAUUUAAAAGUACCUUACCUGUUAUUCAUUGGUAGUCUUGCAAAAUUAAUAUAGUAGGCAUUGUUUGAGUUUAAUCAGGCAUCAUAACCUUUUAUUUAUUGAUGAACUAAUAAUUAUUAUUGUAAAGCAGACACUUUAGCUAGUCUGCCUACCUUGGUCUUUUUUACCCAAUUGUUAAAUAUCAAAAUGUCAAAUUUAAAUAUGUGGACAAAAAUUAACAAAUGUGAAAUUUGUGGGCUAUUUAAAAAAUGUUACAAUAUAUAAGUUGACUAUCACUAACAUUGGUAAUAUUUUCUGCUUGAAGUUAUUACUUUUGUUUACAUCAAAGUUUUGUGUAGUGUGCUGUAGUGAGUUCUAGACUGACCUUAUUCUAAAUCAGAAAGUUAUUAAAAUAUGCACAACCAAAGUAAAGUUUUUCUUUUUCAUUUAUUCAGCAACUAUUUAUUGAACAUCAUUUCUGUGCUAGGCACAUUACUAGCUGCUACACAAUGUCUGAACACGAUGUAUGGUUGAGUAACUUUACAAUGAUUAUCAAAUACUUUAAUGUAGGUAUUUAUUUCCUAAGUUGAAAUAGCAUUAAUUAAAUUAGGGUGGUGCUUUCAUGUUAUUUUACUGUUGUGAUGGAGAUUCUACUUGUACCAUCUAAAACUAGGUUGCUGUAAAAAGAGGAGGAUGAAAUCAGUAGUUAAUUUUAGUUUAAAAAUUGGAAGGAAAAGAGUAAGAACUCUCCAUUAUAAAAUAUUUGCAUUAUGUUUUCAUACAUCAGUAUAUUUCAUAUACCAACUAGCCCUCAAUGAAACAUUUAAGUGCUGGAAAUUUUACUAACUUUUUACAACUUUAGGACAUUUUUGAGGGAGUAGGUAAAAUUACUUGUCAAACAUUUGCCUCUUAUUCAAAACUUCAAAUAUACAUUUUCAAAAAGAACACCUCUUAUAUUUGAUACAUUUCAUUAUAAACAUUAGAAUGGCAGUCACAGCUGGGAUGUCUGUCUGUGGUUUAUUUUACUUUUUAGAAGAAUGAUUGUGAUUGCAGAACAGAAAGUGAGAAAACACUGCCAGCAGUGAUUGCUACUUAAGGUAGUUUUUUUUAUAACUACCAUUUCCCCUCCAUGAGAUUAUGUAAAAUUUCUUUUAUCUUUGGAAAAGGUUGAGGAGGAUGAUAGUAAAAGAAUUAGAAAUUUAAAAUUACAGGGAAAAAAUAUGUAUGUGAAAAGCAAUAAAUAUUUUGUUCACUUUGCUAUCAAGAUAUUCACUAUCAGAUAUUUAUUAUAUGGCAGCAAUUUAUAUUUUUAAUCAUUGCCCAUUAAUAGACGCAGUAAAAUAUUUUUGAAUCAGACAUUUGGGGUUUGUAUGUGCAUUAAAAUUGUCUUUUGUACUGUAAGUUACUGUUCAUUUGAAUAUUUUAUCAGAACUGUCUCCUUGUGCCUUUAUAAUAUAAAGUUGUUUCUACAACUUUUAAUGAUCUUAAUAAAGAAUACUUCAAGAAUCAUA